GCACCGAGCUAACGACUCCGCUGUCGUCGCCGCGUGAGGAGCCACCCGGUCAAUCAAGCGAAGACAUCGCUGAGGACUGGCUCCUUAAGGAGGCGAGUGACACGGAGGUUGCGAGACUGCUUGGGAGACUGGCACAUGCGAGACCCGGUAUCCUCGAUCGAGUAGUGGCUUUGGAGAAGAACAUCGUGGGCACGCAGCAGGCGCGCCCCACGGUGACUGCGCCGGUCGAGUCAACAAGGGGGCCUGCCAUCCUCGGAUCCGGUGGGGGAGCCGCGCCGUCGGCCGAGAAACCUGCGGCAGAAAAGGCUGCCGGAGGUGCAGCCGACAAAAUGCCAGCCCCGACCAUGCAGUUCUCUGCGUUCGUUUACGUGGCGGAUGAGGAGGAAGGAGUAGCCAAGCUUGACGUGCUCCGUUUAGGCGAUCAGUCGAGGGAGUCCCGGGUGAAGUGGAUCACGACGGACGCUUCUGGCAAGGCCAGCCAAAUCUUCGAGCACGCCGAGGGCACGCUCCAUUUCGGGCCUGGGGACGGUGCGAAGCAGAUCCUGGUGCAUUUGCAACGCAACGACAACUGGUCUUCCAUUCUCGACUUCGGCGUGAUGCUUAAAGAGGACGGCUUGGUGAAUGCCCAGCUCGGCCGCUACGGAAGCACCACCCGCGUGAAGGUGGUUGACAAGGAUGCUUUCCCCUCCAAUGAGUUCUCGCACAUUGGCGACUUCGAGGAAGAGCCGCCUUUUGAGGCCAUGACACAUCACUCGCUCGUUCGAGCGGUCAGGGACUUCUGCUGGCUGAACUUCACCAGCAACGAGAAAGUAAGGUGGGGCACCAUUAAGCAGAUACUGCUCGACACGUACACGAACCUUUUCAAGCUCGCGACUUUAUACCUUCGGGUCUACUUCCUGGACCACAUUCUCAAGACGGACGUCGACGAGUCAUCACUCUGGCUUAUUCAAGAUCGUUACGAGUCCCUGUAUCUUUACAUGGCGGCCCUGAUCGUGCCGUUUGGCAUUUCCCACUUGCUUCACUACCUGAAGCUUGGUUGGGGCAUACCCGGUACGACCACCACUUGGAUCCAGUCGGCCCUCUUGCGGCGCUACUUGAACUACAGCACGGCCUCGCAGAAUCUCACGAAGCCUGCGCAAGUCACUGUGGCAUUGAAUCAGGACGCAUUCAUGCUGGCCGAGGAUGGCUACUGCAACAUUCUCGCUCUGAUCGAGAAGCUUGGCAAUGUAGCAGUGAUGAUCUUCUUCCAGUUCACGGCGCCCGCCGUCUUCGGGAAGCCCUUCCGGCCCAUGUCCAUCGCUGUGGUGAUGGUGUUGCCCUUGUCUGCGGCUGCCAUGGCCCUGGUGUCUGGGUUUCCGGCUCGGUCUUUCCAUCACAGCGCAGCCAGGCCUCGCUUCGCAACGCCAGCGCCAUCUCCCAUCCUGCGCAGGGCUCAAGAGGAUGGUAAGCGAGCACAGCGACGGCGCAACUCCUUGGAAUACUUGCUGGGGUUGCUCUUGGCGCCCUCGGCGGCUGCCGCUGGUGGUGGAAUCGGCGCCGGUGCGAGCGCUGCACGGCGCUUGCGGGGGAAGACUGCCGUCGUCACAGGGGCUAGCCGCGGCAUCGGCAAGGGCAUUGCAGUUGCUCUCGGCGAAGCUGGUGCCAAGGUUUUUGUCACCGGCAGGCGGAAAAAUGCUGUUGAGGCCACGGCAGCUUUGGCGACGCGUGCCGGUGGCGAAGGUGUUGCCGUCGUCUGCGAUCACGCGGUAGACGAGCAGGUGAAGGUCGCUUUUACUCAGAUUCAGGAGCAGACGGGUGGAAAGCUUGAUAUCUUGGUGAACAAUGCUUUCCAGGAUCCGGCUCAGCGAGAUUCCAAGAGUGACGAGCUGCUCGGCAAGGGCGCCAAAUUCUUCGAGCUGCCUUUGCAAGUCUGGGAUGACGUCCACCGAGUUGGUCUGCGCUCCCACUACGUGGCCUCGUACUAUGCAGCGCCACUGCUACUCAAUGCUGCCAGCGACGACUGGCGACCCCUGCUGUGUGUGACGUCCGCGCCUGCCGCAGUCACGUACUACUACGCCACUGCCUAUGGCGUCGCAAAAGCCGGCAGUGACCGGCUGGUCCGUGAUCUGCAGGUGGAGCUCGGCCCUCUUGGCAUCGACUGUGUCAGCAUCUGGCCCGGGGUGGUCUACACUGAGUUCGUUCAGUCUUUGUAUGAAAAAGGCGAUGUUGAGAGGAUCAACCGUGUGACAGGCGGCCGUGAUCCCAACGUGGUUUGCGAAAGUCCGCUGCUCACGGGCCGGGUGAUCGGGCGUCUCGCGGAGGAGCCUGGCAUCCGGAAACCACCGCUGCUCAGUUCUGGUGGUCUCACCAGCCGAGUCUGCGUCGUGGCGGAGGGUGCGAGGGAUCUCGGCCUGCGCGAUGGUGGACUGCCUGGUACUGUGGCAGCUGAACUCUACGGCCCCGACCGGGAGCCUGCAGCAUCCAUCCGCUCGCUGGGCUACUUGCUGCCUGCUUUCCUUCCAGACAAGCUGCCUCCAAGCUUGCGGUGGCUGGUGGAGCCCGGAGGGCCUUUGGCCAGCAAGGACAUCCGGGUGCCCUUCGAUCUGAUGGCUCAGGAUCCCCGCACGGAGGAUCCUAGGAAGCAGGAUCUCAAAGACUUCGCCAAGGUGCUGACCAACACCGUGUCCGUUCCCGACUAG